GCAGCAGCAGAGUGCAGCAGAGCAGCCUUGCCGGACAUCUGCCUGCAGUCGACCGCGGGGAGCACGAUUUCAGAUUGCGAGAGAUAGCGAGAGAAAGAGAGAAAGCGAGAAAGAGAGAGAGAAAGAAAGCAAGAGAGACUCGAAGAGUGUGAGUUGAAGCAAGCUCACGUCGGGCAUCCCAAGUCCGAGUCGCACUCGCCCAAGGUGUACGGCUGCUGCUAGCGCGAAUAUCACUUUUCGCAACACGCACCUUCUUUAGAGCGCAUCAAAUCCUGUGUGACAUCGUGUGCGAGCAUGGAUGAAGACGAGCGAGACCCGCACCGCAUGGAGGAGGAUUUCUACACAUUUCUCAAUGUGCCAAGAAAUGCAACUCCUGAAGAAAUUAGUAAUGCCUAUAGAAGACUCAGUAAGUGCUAUCAUCCUGACAAGCACACAGAUCCAAAUCUUAAAAAAGAUGCUGAAAUACUAUUUAAUAGAACCAGUAAAGCUUAUGAAGUAUUGAGCGAUCCACAUAAAAGAGCAAUAUAUGACUCACUAGGAAUUAGAGGAUUAGAUACAGAAGGAUGGGAAAUUGCACUAAGAACCAAAACUCCUCAAGAGUUGAGAGAAGAAUACGAAAGAUUGGCAAAAGAAGAAGAAGAAAGAAGACUGUUAAUGCGUACUAAUCCAAAAGGGAGUGUUACUGUCAAUAUUAAUGCAACUGACUUUUUCAGUAGAUAUACUGAUGAUUAUAGUAAAGACUAUGAUGAUGUUGGUAGGAAUGGCUUUGCUAGGAACAGUAUAUUUUCAGCUGUUGAAGUCAGUGGAAUGUCUUUAACACAAUCAAUUGAGGCCCCUUUAACAUUAAAAGAUACAGCUGUACUAGGAGGUGAAUUAGGCAUAAAAAACGGUGUUGGUUCUGGUUCAAUCAAUUUUGCUGUUAGGCGUCUUGUAUCUCAGCGAGGUUGGUUUGAAGUAGAAGUAGGUGCAGGAAGUGGACCAACGUUGGGUUUUCGAGGAUAUAGGUCAUUGACUAAACGGAUUUUUUUCAAUGGUGGAACUGUACUAAGAGUCAAUCCAAAUGAAAUAACUCCUGGAUUUGUAGGAACUCUUACAAUGCAGUUAGAUACUCACACAAUUGGAUACCUUACAUGCAGAGCAGGAAUUCAAAGUGGAAUGAAUACAACUAUUGUUAGAAGUACUCCUCAAUCAUACACUGCCUUUUCAAUUGAAUUUGCACUACUGCGUUCAUUUGUUAGUCUUAGCUACACUCAUAAAUUAGAGGAAAGACAAUUAGACCUUAAAGGAUGUGUAAAAUUGGGUACAUUUGGCUGGUUUGUGGAGUAUGGAGCAGAAAAAAAACUUUCUCAACACACAACAGUUUCCGCAAUGGUACAUGUUGGAACACCUACUGGAGUUAGUCUUAGAAUAAAACUCAAACGAGCAUACCAAACUUAUAACUUUCCUAUCCGAUUGAGCGACGAUUUGUAUCCAGCACCAGUGUUUUAUGCUACAGUAGCUCCUCUCAUAAGUUGGGUUCUUUUGAAAAAUUUCGUUGUUGAUCCUAUAAUUCGAGAACGAAAACAACGAGACAGAGAUAAGCAACGAGAAGCGAAUAAACGUAUAAAAUUGGAAAAGCAAAGAGAAGCUAAAGCAGCUAUAGAUUUGAUGAAAGCUACUUUCAGUAGAAUUAGAGCUGAGGAAGAACAAAGGAAAGGUUUAGUUAUAACAAAAGCAUUAUAUGGGAGGUUUGUUUAUCCUCAUGGUGCGAGUCCUGCCGAAGAAGCUGCUAUUGGACAAAGAGAUGAAAUAAUUGACGUGACCAUUCCAUUGCAGUGCCUCGUAAAAGAUUCUAAACUCGUACUACAUAAUGCGUCCAAGAGCCAAUUGCCUGGUUUCUAUGAUCCAUGUGUUGGAGAAGAUAAGCAGUUACUCUUGCAGUAUUUGUUCCACAUGCAAACUCAUGAAUGUUUAGUAAAAGAUGCUGAACCUCUAAGGAUACCAAAACCAUCUCAUCGUGUAAACACCACAUGACAUAGGAGAAAUACCCAUGAAACCAAAGGUCGCAACGAUCCUUUGGUUUACUUGCCAUGGAGAUCCAACUGAUUCUUUUAUAAUAAGUUUUGUUCAAAUCCCUGUCUUUACUAAAGAAUCAAUUGUUGAAAAUUUUGUUUAAUAAUAGUAUAUAAACUUCUUUAUUCCAAUGGCUGUUUAAAAAAUGAAACCAAAUUAUCAAAGUUAAACAAUUACUAUCAAAUUGAUUAUAGGAAAUUUAAAGUAAUUUUGUGUGUGGCAAAAAAUUAGGAUAUCUUUAACAAGGUAUAAAUACUAUUUUUGACAGUGAAUAUUUGUAAAUUCUAUGAAUUCUCAUGCAUGUUAAAAAUUUUUAAUGUCCUGACUUACAAUAGAAUGAAAGUACUGUAAAAAUUAAUUUUGAAAUCGCCAGGAACUCAUUAAAAUGCGCAGAAAUGGUGGAAAAACUAUUUUUUAUUGAUCAAAUUAAAUCGCUUUUCUAUGCACUGAUCUUAUUGCAGGAAAAAAUGUUUACUGAAACAUAAUUGAAGUUGAAAUAGAAGUGGAAGUUAUGUAAUAAAUUGUACAAUUGAUCAUCAAGUUUUGCUACAAAAGCAAGCUGUUAUGUGUUAUAAUACAAAAUGUAGCUUAUUAUGUUAUUAGAUAAACGAGGGCGAAUAAACUUUUUUAUAAUUGUUGAACAUCAUAAUACUAACCAUCAAAAUGUUAUUUUAUUUUUUUCCAUUAAAUAAUAAAACGUAAUUUCCAUAAAAAAUAA